GUAACGCGUGUGUAACGUGUGUGUGCUGCGACGCGUGCGCCGUCCGUCCGUCCCCGCGCGGACCCGUUUCCUCUGGAAUUUCUCCUCGCCUCCUGGCCGCUGAUUGGCUGCCCGCUCUGACCCGCGCCGGGACGGACCUGUUGGAUAAAAAGGGAAUUUCUAGGGGAUCAUGAGCAUUUCGUAGCGGAGGGUGGGUGCACUGGGGACCAGUGUGUGUGUGGGGCGAAGAAGGACUAGGAGCUCAGUCGACACACACACCAUGACAGGUAAAGAAGGGGCCCUGCUGUCGGAGAGUGUCAGCAAAGCGAAGACAGUGUCCCCCCCGGAGGACACGGUCACGGGGGGCAACAGCCGACAGCCGUCCAAGAACGGCGGCUCACACCCUCCGCGGUGCACCGGAUUCGGCAUCCAGGAGAUCCUGGGCUUGAAUAAAGAGCCCCCCGCGGCCCCCCGCAGCGCGCUCGAGUCCUUGCCGCCCGGGGCGCACCUGCUGGCCGCCAGGUCCGUGCUCAGCCCCGCUGGCGUGGGAGUCGGCGUGGGGGUCGGGGUGGGCGUGGGGGUCGGGAUGGGAUUAAUCGGCCCUGGAGGAAUCCCCUCGUUCUACAGCCAACCCGCCUUUCUGGAGGUGCUGGACGCGCAGAAGGUUCACCUGCAGCCGCUGGACAGAGCAGCCGGAGCGCGGGAGGCCGGACAGACCCCUAGCUCAGAUUCUGAAGAUGUGUCUUCGAGUGAAAGAAAGUUAUCAAAGUCUUCAUUGAGCCAGAGCAAGAAAAGGAAGAAGAGGCGACACCGAACCAUCUUCACCUCGUACCAGCUGGAGGAGCUGGAGAAGGCCUUCAACGAGGCUCACUACCCGGACGUGUACGCUCGGGAGAUGCUGGCCAUGAAGACGGAGCUGCCGGAGGACAGGAUACAGGUCUGGUUCCAGAAUCGCCGGGCCAAGUGGAGGAAGCGGGAGAAGUGCUGGGGCCGCAGCAGCGUGAUGGCCGAGUACGGACUGUACGGCGCUAUGGUCCGCCACUCGAUACCCUUGCCCGAGUCCAUCCUCAAGUCUGCCAAGGACGGCAUUAUGGAGUCCUGUGCCCCCUGGCUCCUCGGGAUGCACAAAAAGUCCUUGGAGAGCGCAGCAGCCCAAACUGCUGGGAAGCCAGAAACUGUCCCACCACCUGUCAGCCAAAAAGCAGAUGAGCGGGAGCCUGAGGACAAGAGGGCAGAGUGCAAAUCGCCCAUUUCCAAAGAGGAACUGAGAGAGAACAGCAUCGCAGCGCUCAGGGCGAAAGCACAGGAGCACAACGCCAAGGUGCUGGGGACGGUUUCUUGCGACACGCCCGGGCGCAGGAUGGAGACAGAGUCACCCGAGGACAAGCCCAGAGAUCUGUCAAAUCCCGCUGAGGAGGAAAAGAGUCAAUAAGAUUGUCACCUUUUAAAGACAAAGGACUUUCUCAUUUUAAAAUCUUGCCGUGUCUUUGCGUUGUUCUCAAUCUCACCUGUUUCCAAGCGUACCUGGAAUUUACUUUCCGCACCGGGCAUUGCCUGGUUAUAUUUCUGUUUCAGACCCGUUUCCAUAACGACGUAAAUGUGUUUCUCACGCCUCGUCUUUCUUCGUUCUUCUUCUUGUUCGGUCAGUCAUUUUGCAGCAGUUAGCCUUCUUUUCGGGGAGAACGCCUGGAAAUAGUUAGCGCUCCAGCAGUCAUUUCACUCAAGCGGGAAAAGAAUCACUGUUCUGCAGUUUAGGAUAGAAAAUGUGGCCAUACUCUUAAUUUUUUACCAUACAGCACAUCAACACUUGUUUACUAUGGCUAGUAUACAAUUAUGUCGAAGUGGAGAUAUAGAACAUAAACUAUGUUGUUUAACCAUUACGCCAAGUGUUCAUCUCUUUCGGUGAACCAGGCCGGCAGCUACUGUAUGUAUUCCCUACAUCGCACUCGAAACAGUGACACUCUUCCCUUGUUUCGUAGUUUUACUUUCUGCGUCCCAUUCAUCGUGUCCUUGGAAACAUAUCUAGAGAAGUCGCUGUUCUGAAGGGGGCAAAAGAAAAAUAUUCAGUUCUGACAAAUACUGUAUGUAGAGGGGCAAAACAAAAAACUAUAUGUAUAAUCAAGUGUGUAAAGAACAUUUUCAUAUACUGAGAAAUAUGUGAGCAAUGGGGAAAUGCUGAAAUACAGCUUUCACAUAAAUGCUGACAACGGUUUCUGUAAAAGUAUGUGACCGAACUCAGAUAAGGUCUCAUUCUCCAGAAUAAACAGGCUCUGAAUUUCCCACAGUCUGAUGAACAUUAAA